AUGGACCAAUUCCCAGAAUUCAUCGCGUACAAGCAGUUCCUGCAGAGAAAUAACUUCUCUAUGCUGAUCCAGUCAACGCCUUACAACUUUACUGGAGCGCAGGACAUCCUCGAAGAGUUUACUGGAACUUUUUAUUCUUUCAAUAACUUUCAGGAUGUAGUCCUGGUCACUCUCUAUGUGCCAAUCUUCAUCACGGCACUAGUGGGGAACGUACUUAUCAUGGUUUCCGUUCUUAACGAUGUCACAUGGAGAAAGGCCAAAAACGUGUUUCUCUUCAACUUGUCCGUGGCCGAUUUAUCGGUCGCCCUUAUUUGUAUGCCGAUGGCAGUGGGGACCCUUGUUUACCGACUCUGGAUAUACGGAGAGUUUCUUUGUAAAUUCACAGCAUUCAUGCAAGUCAUGUCUCUCUCUCUUUCUUUCCCUCUUUUUAUGUGCCGUGUCCCCUCAGGACUUUUCAAGACUUCUCUCUCUAUCUCUUUCUCUCGUAUUGUUCCUUGUUCUUUUCGUCUUUACCUUCUUUAUCACUUUUCACGUUUCUAUAGUAUUACUUUCGCUAUCUUCUUUUCCGUCUUUUUGUCUAAUUUUCUACCUUCUUGCUUUUUAUCUCUCUUUUUUUCUCUUCUUUAUUCCACCUUGUCACCUCUCUCUUCAUCGAUUUUACAAAAUAAACCUGCCAUCUCUCUCUCUUUUUAUGCCUUUUAUAUCUUCCUCUCUCUCUCUCUCUCUCUCUCUCUCUCUCUCCCGUUCCCAUAUCUUCUCCUCACUCCCCAAUCCUAUGAUCAUUUUUCCUUUUCGUCUCUCUUUUUAUUCUCUUUCUAUUUCCCAUCGCUUCCAUUUUUCCUCUUUUCGUUUCCUCAAUUCUAUUUUAACAAAAUCGACCACCCAUCUAUCUAUCUAUCUAUCUCGCUGACAGAGGGGAUCACAAGCAGCUUCCUUAUCUUCCUCACUCUUGUCAAGUUGGUUGUCUGGGGGAUUUUAGCCAGUGCCAUUCGAUACUUGCAGAGGAAGGCAUUUUCACCGAUGGGUCUGCGACGUGCCUCUGCGGUACAGUGCAAGGAGCCGAAAAGGUAA